AUGGUCCAAAACAUUGAAAGCACAUUCAUUGAGCCUAUUUUAAGCCUGUUACCUGAAUCCACUCGUAUGGAUCAGGAGUUUGAAAGCCCUAUUGUUGAACAAGAAGAUCAGGAUUUUAAAAGCCCUAUUAUUGAACAAGAAGUCUUGCCUUUAGAAUGGGCUCAAGCUUCUGGAAGCUCCUUUGAAGCCCCUGAGCUGGAUAUUUCAAAAGGAAAAAGUAAGCUACCUGAGUCUGAGUCUGUGGAUGUCGCUCUGCUUUGGAAUAGAGUUUUUGAUUUGGAACUGAGCUCGAUAGAAAAGGAUUUGAUUAUUGGAAAGUAG